GGGGUGAGCCACAGCGCCAUGGGCCCACAGGACCCCUGUGGCCCAUCAGAACCCAUCAGAGCCCCUUACGUAGGGCAGUGCUUGAUGGACUUCUCAAGGCACUUUGAUGGGCACAAAGGUGGUUGGAGCCCUCCUCCGAAGCGGUCAGCACCGUGGAGGGAAAGGGUGGACAGCAGCGGGGGUGUGACGGCUGAUUGGAGGCUCUCACCUGCAGGAGGCGCCCCCCUGUCACUGCUGCGUCGUCAGAGUCCGGCAGCCCAGGCCUUCGGCAGGCCGGCACCCGCCGCAGGAGCUGGCUUGCCACCGCCCCCGGGAGGGGUCUUAGACCUUAGUUACCAGGCAAAGCAAGCAGAGACCCACGGCGUCUGCAGCUGGUUUUUAGCAGCCGUGCCCAGACUCUGGGCUAGCGCUCCUUCCCUGGGGGGCCUUCUGGCCUGAGAGCCAUUCCACUGACUGAAAGCACACGGCAGAGGAUCAGUUAAUAUUUCAAGAGACAGCAAUCACGCAGAGCUCUGGGGGGGCAGGCACGGGCGGUCUGACUUUGGCUUCCGAGUAUCCCAGGGCCUCUGUGGGAACGUCGGUGAAGGGGAAGCAGUACGUGAAAGAGGCUGCUGACCAAACAUCAGCGCUCAUGUCGCCCCUGUGGCUCCUUCCCUUCCAGCAAAAACCACACAUUUCACAAGAAGGCCACGUUCCGUCCGCCAGGACGCCGUUGCAAGAGCAAUUAUGAAACAUCCAUCCCAUAAAAAUAAAGAGGCGUUUGGCCAUAAAGCAGGAACGCAGCAGUCCUGACUUUGAUUGCGACUUGGCUCACAUCCAGCGAAAGGAAACGCGGAGGACGUUUUCACGGCGUGGACAACACGGCCAAGGCAGUGGCUGUGGCUUGCAGAGCCCUGGUCCGGACAGAGCACCAAGGGAAGUGGGCUUCAUGCUGGGGACACCAUCGUCCCUUCACGCCUUCAUGCCUGAGGUUGACAGAUCAUCUGCAUUCUGGGAAUGACCUCUCAGAAAGGACGGCUGAGAUGUGAUGGUGACGAGGGAGCCGAUCGGCGCAGGGGCCAAUGCCCUGCACCACGUGCCUUCCCGACAGCCGUAGCAGGCAGCGCGUUUCCAAGCAACAGAUAUGGGGACGGAGCUGGGAAGGACCCCGAGGCCCAAACAACCUCUCAGGACACUGUGUUAAAUGAACACAUGCAGGCUACUCUUGUCUCACAAGCCGCGUGAACGAGCCCGGACCCCACUCAGGUCUCCAGAGACGGCAGCCCUGGUCCCCGGCCCCUGGCCCCGGGCCCACAGCCUGACCCCACGAGAGGCCCCAGACCAGGCCAGCAGCCCCACGGCUCCCAGAUUCCCGCCCCUCAGGCACCGUGAAGAGGGGCAGCCGCCUCACAGAUGUCUCCAUCUGCCGGGAAAUGCCCAGCCUGGAAGUGAUCACCCUCAGAGCUGCCCGGAGCUCCACCAGUGUCCCCGCAAAACACGGCCUCUGACCGGUCAUAGCCACCUCUUCCGGAGGCCUUGGCGUCUUAACAGACUAGGGAAUCCGUGGCUGAACCAGGUGCUACCGGGACUUCUGGCAGCUGGGCCGUUUGGAGAGAGCCCCGUCAACAGCGUGUCCACCCUGGAGCCCGUGAGCCGCUGCCAGCAGCUGAGUGAGCUGUACCUGCGGAGGAACCGCAUCCCCAGCCUGGCGGAGCUCUACUACCUGAAGGGCCUGCCGCGCCUGCGCGUGCUGUGGCUGGCGGAGAACCCGUGCUGCGGGCCCGACCCACACCUCUACCGCAUGACCGUCCUGCGUAACCUGCCGCACCUGCAGAAGCUGGACAACCAGACGGUGACCGAGGAGGAGCUGUCCCGAGCAUUGCUGGAGGGAGAGGAGGUCACGGCCCCCGGCGGAGAGGGAGCAGGGAACGGCCGGCCCGAGCUGUCCUACGGCCUGAGCGCCCUGAACACCGCCGCCGAGACCCAGCGGGACGCGCUCAGCUGUGGCGAGGAGGAGGCCAGCGUCCAGGGCCAGCUCAGCCCGAAGCCCCCUUCCCGGGACCCGUUCCCCUCCUUCUCACAGAGGGAAGCCGUGAGCGGUCGCAGGAACAGGAACAAUGUCCUGACCGCCAUCCUGCUGCUGCUGCGGGAGCUGGACGCCGAGGGGCUGGAGGCCGUGCGCCAGACCGUGGUCAGCCGGCUCCAGGCUCUGCACAAGCAGGAGCCGCAAGAGGACGUGGAAUGACGGUCAGCCGGGACCCGAGCCGCCAGGCCUUCCUCCCAGGACCCUGUGCCCCAGCAUCUGGGAGGUGUGGGGUCCACAGCCACGGCCUCCACUGCAUCCUGAGUGUCCGCACGCGGGCUGUGUCCCCAGAAGCUCAGCCCCGCCUGGGAAGGCCACGCCCCGGGUGUAGAAGGCGGGAAGGGCGCCGGGCACCGCGCCGGGCACGCUCCGCCGUGCGGGGCCCAGGCGUGUGCCACCUGCCUCGCCUCGCCUCGCCUCGCCUCGCCUCGCCUCGCCUCGCCUCUUCUCAGGUGGCGUUGCAGCCACUGUCCCUAAUAAAUAUCUUCCCCAAGUCCAGUCUGGAAGCAGACGUUUCCUAGGAGACGGACGUAGCCUUGACGUUGUUUUGAAGCUAAGGGCCACGUGCACGUGCAUUUCCCCUGUCGGCUCUCCCACCGGGUCGGGGGUAGAUUCCGCCCAGGACGGUGCCGUCCUCGAAGCAGCAGCGGCUCCGGGCUCCGCCUCAGCCUCGGCAGACCCACGCGGCCGUGCCCACCGCUGCCCACGUGUUUGGCAGGGUGCAGGGGUCUUGUACGCCGUGCGGGGGGAGGCCGGGGGUGGGCAGGCCCGCGCUCCUGUCUGGAGACUCAGGUACAGCCGUAGGACAGGCAGCGGGGCCGGGGAGGAUGCCCGGAAACCCCAUCUAAAACGUGUUCUCCCGUGGGCAGAGCCACAGGCCUUGCCGUGGUGCACAGGCCCCGAGUGGUAGUGUUGCAGCCCGGGGCCCUUCCUCCUGCCCCCCAGCAGCUCCGGGGGCCGGGGAGGAGCGUGGCCUCUGAGCCGUUAGUCUUACUGGUGCUGAAAUGGCGGGACCGGAGAGGGGGGGUUCCCUCCGCCCCGGCUCCCGUUAGUGUCUGUGUCGCCCUGCAAGCGAAGGGGUGGGACUUCACCCACUGUGUGCGAGAACCCGGAUGGGGUGACUGCCGGGGAGACCGUGGCAGGCCGCGCUCGCACUGGCCCGGCCACACUGGGCGGGUGGUGGAUAUCGGGUGUCGUGGCUCCUCGGGACCUGGGGGGCGGGAGCAAGGGGUCGCCACGUGGGGGUGUCCGGAAGGGUGGCCGCAGGGUCCGCGCGUGCCUUCUGUUGUACGUCUGGAUGGUUGUCACACUCAAUAAAGCGUUGUCUUUUUUAGAGCCA